UCUGCUGCUUUACCGACCAUGUGGUCUUCCAUGCUUAGUGCUUUCUAUGUUUGUUUGAACUUGGAUCUAUUAAAAAUUCAGACACUGGUGAAGAAUUGAGUAAAGCACAAGUACAUAAUACAUUUCAGGAUUGUGAAUGAUGAAGAAAUGAUCACCACACAAGAAGAAUUAAAGUUGAAAAGGGUAGCCGGUGGUUCCAUUACGGAACACCGACCCUUAUUUUCUUCUGAUUCACUAUAUAUCUACAUCAUAUGGGACGAUGGAGUUCGACAAUACAGCAUAAAGACGGGAAAAUUUGUGCAAAAGUUGGAAACACCAAAUGAAGUCGUUGAAUUGCUGUCAGACCCUGAGGACAAAAAUUUGCUACAUGGCUUUACAUCAGCAGGCGAGCUCCUAACCUGGAAGCAAGAUACAGGGUUUUUCGAGAACAAAAAGACUCUCGCUUUGAAGCUAUCAAGUGAGAAGAAAAUCGUUGGCUUGCACCUAUCCUCCAACAAAAACGCUGUUGUCGUGGUUGAAGACACGGAAAAGCAGAUUCAUAAAUUCAUAAAAUACAACCUCAAUACAAAUGAAAAGGAAAAUCUGCCUGUAAUUGGUCAAGUUGGAAAGUUCAGCUCUUCCGUGGGCAGUUCGGAUAAAGAUGAGUACCUUGCAACCAUUCACGUAUACAACCUGAGGGUCGUCAACUUAAAUUCCUCGGAAAAAUUCAAACACACAGUGAAUCCUGAAUGGGGAAGCUUCUCUUGUGUUCGGUCCCAUCCCAAGCAAAACCUGAUUGCCACCUGCGACCAGUCAGGGAGGAUUUUGAUUUGGAGAGAUGUUAUGUCCUUCCAAGCCAUCAAAACGCUGCAUCACUGGCACAAACUUCCGGUGAACGACGUUGUCUUCACAGGCCAAGCCAGUAGCUUCUAUUCUGGCGGGUCUGAGACUGUUAUUGUCAAGUGGUGGCUAGACGGCAGUCAAUCCAGAGAUUUCAUCACUAAUACCGGAGCUUCCAUUAAAAACAUGGCCAUCUCACCAGACAAUAAAUAUGUGGCUGUUGGAAUGGCGGACAAUGCAAUCCACGUUGUGAACUCUCAAAUGGACAUUGAACAGACCAUUCAGCACGUGUCUACGCACUUUGAGGAGCGACCAGGAGUGAAACCAAUCGUUUCUCGCAUGUCCUUUGAUCCAAGAACAAAAGCCUUGGUGGUCAACGGCCGUUCCGGACAUGUCCAGUUUUACUCCGUGGAGAACCAGUCCUACAUGUUCUUGGUUGAUGUCGUUGGACAGAAUUAUUUGAACCAGCAAAGAGGAUUAGACAUGGUCAACACAGAGGUUGUGUUGACAGCCAUGUCCAGUGACGGUAACUGGUUUGCCACUGUUGAGGAAAGGGAUGACGGACUGAGCCACCUUGAGUGUCGACUCAAAUUUUGGAGCUGGGAUUGGCAGCACAAAUUCAAGCUGAAAACCAGCAUUGAAAAUCCGCACCAGGGUAGAGUGAAUGACAUUGCUUUCCAGCCUGUGUUGGGCGAUGGUGUAAACAGAUUGAUCAGUACAGGGAUGAAUGCCAAAUUCAUUACAUGGUGCAAAUCCGAAGAAGAUUCUCUCUGGACGUUGGAAUUUGUUGGAAAGCUGGACAACCUCGUCCCUCGACCCGUAGAGUUUUCCAACGACACAUCUCUCUAUGCUGUUGGAUUUGAAGGCACUCUGUCUGUUUGGGAAACAAGUGCUAUGGAAAUGAAGAGCUGCUUGACCAGACCUGACGCAUCAGAGCGGAUCAAUUUCGUAAAAUUCGGCAACAAUGCGUCAAGUAGAUACCUUGUGGCAGCAAGCAGCAGCAAAAUUGUCAUUUGGGACCUGAUUCUACUUCAAGUUGUGAAAAUAAUUGGACUUAAGGUUGCCUGGCUUGCUGCAAACCCAAUGAAUGAUCACAUGGCUGCUUUCACAGAAGGCGGAGAGCUGGUAGUGUUCUUGCCAUCAGAAAAAGCUCCAAUUUAUAGAAAGAGUAUUUUGGGAGGAAAAAAAGUGAGCUCGGCACUUUACUGGCCUCACGAUGAAGUGCAAAGCAACGCGGUUGGGUGGCAGAGAUUGGCCCAGCUCUAUUUCAUGACUGACAAUCAGGAGAUCUUCACUUUUGUUUCUAAGAACGAAGAAAAUAGGGAUUUUUUCAAUCCAGUUGAAUUCCCCAACAACGAGGGCAAAACUGCGACCCCGCUGGCUGCUUUUGUGGCUAAGCAGACACUGUCUCAAGUGAAGAAAGUGGAACCACUGCCAAUGUGGAAGCAGCAAGUGAAUUCCUACCAAGGAUCAUAUUUAAAAAUGAUGUGUGAGACUCCAUCGCACAUGCUUCCUCCGAUGCAAAUGUUGGUUGGUGAACUGAUCAACGAGUACCUCACGGCACAGUCUUCUACUAUUGAGAAGCCACAAGAGUUUUUCAAAGCCCCAGAGCCUAUGGAGGUCAUCGAAGGAAGCUCAACAGAUUCAGAGAGUGAGGAAGAAGGAAGCAAGGUAAGACAAAAGCGAAGAAAAGCAAAAACCAAGAAAUUGCGUCCUGUUGAGGAAAGUACCCUCCAAUCGGUAGCCAAACUUCAGUUUGACUGGGUAGAAAUGCUAUUUGAUGCUGUUGAGAUCACAUCUGAUGAGGAAUGAAGCGUCAAACCUUGUGUUUAUUUUUUUAUCAUGAAUAAUAAAUUUAUUGUGAAACAUGAAAGCUGA